AUGGCAGAAAGCCCAGGCACACAUGCCACUGGUCAGGCUAAUGGGCACCAAGGAAACAUGGAACAGUUAUUGCUCAAACUGCAACAAAGACUCAAUACUGUAGAAGAAGAUGCCAAGCGUGAGAAACGCGAUAGGGAGCGACUCGAAAAGCAAAUGCUGGGAUUCGUCGAGAAAAUCGCAAGCGAAGAGGGCCCCGGCCUUCUAUCUUCACUAACACUGAUGCAAGAGAGGACAGAAACCCUCAUUAAUAAAGGCAACACUUCGUAUAAUUCUUGGCGUAAAUUGAGAAGCCUAAGGACAAAGCUUCGGGAUAUCGAAGAGGAAGAAAAGACCAAGGAGACAAUGACCAAGAAAGAAAUGGAAUGGGCAACAUAUUUCGACGUGUUGAAAACUCAGCUACAAGAUGCACGGCCUGGAGCGCACAUUCCGACAUUGGAAGAGGUUAACGGAAUCAAAACAGAGGAUUCAGAUGCUGAAGACGAUCCGGAUAAGGCCAUGCCGAAUGUAGUGCAGGUGGAAGUGAGUCCAAUGGAUUGGAGCAGUUUUAAAUUCCAGGGUCAUCAUGGAGACCAAAACAGAGAUCAUUUCAUCAUUGAAGUCCUCACGGAAGAGCCUUCGAUCACUUACGACGGCUAUAACAAUCCCUGGUUCAUGCGCUACGCCGAAAAAUCGCAGAACCCAGCAAUAACCGGAGGCGGAAAAGAGCAAAAGGUCUCGUCAUGGGCUGACAUCGCCAACAAUGUUACCCGAGGCAAACAACUUGUGCCAGAGCGAAUUCGAAUCAGAUCACAGAGCAUCAUAAAGAUAUUCAACAACAUCUUUAAGAACAAAGCCAAAGAUUAUCGCAUGAACAGCGCUCUUGUCAUGAUUCGACCUUUCCGAGCACUCGUCUACUACAACCAGGAAAUUCGUGAGAAAUUCGCACAACUGAAAGAGAAAUUCGGCAACGGUGAAGUUUUACUGGAGCAACCAAAACCCUCAGAGGACCAGGAGGAAACAAAAUCCGGCGCUGAAGGCAAUGAGACAGGCGAGGAUGAUGAGUUUACAAAUUCGCUGACGGCAUACCAACACAUGUGCUGCCUCAUCGACUUUAUGGAUAACACGAUCCAGGCCAAGAUAGAUUAUCUAUCAGAGACUCAGCCUCGCACCAUUUCCUUCAACCACCUGUGGUAUCUUUUCAAACCAGGAGACGAUGUCGUAGCACAGGGCCGACGACAAGCUUACCGAGUUAUAAGCAUCACCAGCACGGGACAUAAAGUCACUCCUCCCUGGCGAGCCUGGAGAAAAGACGAGAGCGAACCAGCAGCCCAUAUCACUCUCUUUUGCGUUUACAUCGACUUUGACGGAAAACAGCUCGGUCCAGUAUCGAAGUCAUUCGUCAUUUCAAAAUUCGAUGGCGAGAAGGCGAUUACAUCCCUCGAAGUGUAUCCCAUCCGAUUUGCAGAUAGCCCUACUUCAAACUACCAGAGCCGCGAUGACUCCGCAAAGGAGGAUUCCAAGGCUACUUUCCAACAAGAGCUCAUCGACCGCGGCAAGAUGUUUAUUGACGUGGCGAGCGUGAAGCACAUGCACUACAAUGGGUUCACCUUGGAGGCACGAGACGAAGUGGAUAGCCAAGUCAUGGUUGAUUUCGCAGAGGCCUUUGCUGCAACACAGUCAAGCGGGUGGCAGCCCGAGAUCGAAUCUCUUAUUGGAAAGGAUUUGGGAGGAUCAAGCUCAUCUGAAGAGGAGAGCUGUUCAGCUGCCUGUUGUGCAGGCGAAUACAUCUACAAUGACAAUUACGUUGACAAGACGAGGAACGAAAACUAUAUCGCGAGUUUGAUGCCUGGCCCUGAUGAGCCCAAUGACGAACCAUCGGUAGCCAUCUACCCCCGUUCUUUGAAGGAGAUUACGGCUUCCAAGAAUUCUCUGACGAAUGAUGACUUGGUCAUCAUGUCGUAUCGAGUCUUUGGCUUUGUCUUGCGAAGCCGCAAAUGGGCAAAACUCGAUCUCAAGUAUUUGAGUCCUGUCAGCGAGGGCUCUAAAGAACAGACGGCUUUUGACCAACUGGUGCUUCCCAAGCAGCAUAAGGAUAUAGUCUACUGUUUAGUUGACCAACACUUUCGAAAUAAGGAGGCCCGAGUUAGUGACAAUGAAGAAGUCGACAUUAUUCGAGGAAAAGGAAAGGGUCUCAUUCUUCUUCUACACGGCUCCCCUGGAGUGGGUAAGACGACUACUGCAGAGGGUGUGGCUGAGCGUUUCAACAAGCCUUUGUUCCAAAUCACAUGUGGUGAUCUUGGUGCUACUGCUAGUGAAGUAGAAGCAGCCCUGGAGAGAAACUUUAGUCUUGCCAAUAGAUGGGGAUGCAUUCUUCUCCUAGACGAAGCAGAUGUUUUCCUUGCCCAGCGCUCUCCAAAGAACUUUGUUCGAAAUGGACUCGUUGCAGUUUUUCUCCGAGUCUUGGAAUACUACGCCGGUAUCCUCUUCCUCACCACGAAUCGAAUCGGCGACUUCGACGAAGCCUUUACAUCCCGAAUACACAUCAGCCUCUACUACCCACCCCUCGACAAAACAUCCACACGCGAAAUCUUCCGCCUCAACCUACGCAUCAUCAAAAAACGCUUCGAAGACAAAGGCCGCAUCAUCAACAUCAACGAAAAGGACAUCCUCAAAUACGCCACCGCAUACUGGAAGAAGCACGAAAACAUGCGUUGGAACGGCCGCCAAAUCCGAAACGCUUGCCAAACCGCCCUGGCCAUGGCAGAAUUCGACGCCCAAACUGCUUCUGGAGGUGGUGAUGCUCAUGCCACGCAGGUGGAACUGACGCAUCAUCAUGUUCAGAUUGUUUCGGAUGCGUAUCUUGAGUUUAUGCGCUAUCUUAAGAGUAUAUAUGGGUUCAGUGCGGACGAAGUCGCCAAGAAUAUGAGACUCCGAGCGAAACAUCCCAAGGCGGCUAAGAAGGAUGAAGACGAUGAUGAUGAUACGACUGACACGAGUGAUGAUGAGGCCAUCUAUGGUCCUACCAAAGGAACUCAGCCAGCUAUACCUCCUUCAGCAAUUAGCGGUAUGGUUCCACCGAUGACUGGAAUGCCUCCCAUGAUGGCCGGUGCAGUCCCGAAUACAGGCCAUAUCCCCGUCUCCACGGGAAUCGCAACACCUUCUUCAACCGCCGAAUCAGCAGCACCUCCUAAUAUGAUGCCGGCUCAAGGCUCAUACAUUAUGGCCAAUGGUCCACAGGGCAUGUAUUGGAUGCCCCAACAAUUUGCACAGGGCCAGAGUCAUCCCCAGCAAGCCUUCAUGAUGGGUAACCAACAGGCGAUGUUCAAUCCUGGACAACAGAUGUCUGGUCAGAAUUGGCCCAAUGGGAAUGGGAACGGGGCCUGGCCAAUGAUGCAGAACAUGAUGCCUUCUCAGGCUGUGGGGAGAAGUAACGAGGGGGCCUCUCCAGUAGCACAAUCGUAG